CGUAUCCCCGUAGAGUCGGUUUUUAUAUUAUUUUAGUUGCGCUUAUUGCUCCUGCCAAAGUCGUGUGAAAUUAAUUUAGUUAAAAGUACAUACUUCUGUGCUAUUUUACAUCUAGAGGCGUUCGUAGUUUGAAUCCACUCGAAAUGUCUCACAAAACACUACACAAUAUUAUUUAUUCUUUAAUUAUUAUAUUUUCUUGCUUAUUUACCGGACAAUGUCUUGAACGCGAGAUGACGGUUAACGUUGAGCCGCGGAAGGAGGAUUGCUUCUUUCAAAAUGUAAAAGUGGGUGAUAAAAUUGAUAUAGAAUACCAGGUUAUUGACGGAGGUCUAGGUGAUUUAGAUAUCACUUUUCUGCUGGCGGAUCCAAACGGCCGCAUCCUAGCUGCAGACUACAAAAAAUCCGAAAAUAAUCAUCGGGUAGACGCCGAACUGGACGGCGACUACAAAUUCUGCUUUGAUAACACCUUCAGCAGCUUCAAUGUGAAGACUGUUUUCUUUGAGAUGAUUAUUGACAGAGAUAAUGAUGACUCAUGGGAGAACCCAUCCAAUCUAGGCAAUAUCCCAGAGGAAACCUAUGAAUUAACAGUGGAGGAGAUUCAAGAGGCUGUUAAUCGCGUUCGUGUAAACUUGAAAAGCAUCAGACACCUACAGGACGCCAUUAAAUCAACAGAGGCAAGAGACAGAAACAUUGCAGAAGAGAAUUACUUCAAAGUAAACACAUUCUCAUGGGUGCAGAUUGCUGUGAUGGCCACUGUGGGCAUUGUGCAAGUAGUCAUGGUGAGAAGUCUAUUUGAUGAUAAGUCCAAAGUGCAUGGUAUCUGGAAGAAAAUGCCUGGUGCCAGAUAAUGUUACCCAAUCAGUUUUAGCAUCAGCAAAUUCCAAAUACUGUAUGAAUGAAUCACAUGGGCAUGACUUGCUCUAAUAAAGUAAGCAAUAAUAGUGUUUAUUGGGAGAAAGAGAGAGAAUUGUUCUGUUUAAAUUGAUAAGAUUGAUUUUGCUUAUCAGCAAACGACUGAUAAGCUAAAUACCAUGUGCUAGUCAUCAAUGCAAGUUAAAUUUGUACAUAUUAAACCAUGAAACCACCUGUAGUUUAGCUUGAUGUCAAUUAAAUUCGUUUUUUAAAUGCCCAGAA